AUGGUCGGAGUACCACGCAGCAAAGCUUGCGGCCUCUGCCGAGAAAGGCGUGUGAAGUGCGAUGAGAUUCGGCCCGGAUGCACACAAUGUGCACGAUACGGAGCCCCUUGUCCCGGUUACAGCCGGGACUUGAAAUUCCAAGAUGAAGGGCCUGGUGUCAGGCGUCGACUCCAGUCGUCCUCACGGAAUCCAAGCUCCGUUCGAUCGAAAAGCAGUUCGAGGACGAGGCGCGGCGAAAGCAGUCGCUCUGCGACUCAGUCCAUUCGGGAACACGCGAUGGCACUUCUCCGACGGCAUGUUGCAGACACGUCCAUAGACGAACGAGUCGAUUCAUCCCUUGUCCGCAAGUCGUUCAUAAACAGCCAGCCCCAGCUCUUCUCGGAUUUCGUCUGCGCUGCGUUCCCGACCCUCUACUUCCACAACAGGUUCCGGUCCGGAACCGACCCGUCCUUCCCAGACUAUAUCACGCAGAAUUUCGGUACGCAUACGUACCAAGAUGCCUCCGUCUGCUCACUCAGUAGCAUCUAUCUGGCCCAUCUCACCAAGGAUCCAGCCCUGUUGAGAGCGAGCAGACAGAUGUAUUCAUUGGCGCUCAAGGAGGUUUGUAAGGCCCUGGACACAGAAGAGGCGUUUUCGGACAACAUGCUCAGCUCCGUUGUGAUUCUCAGUGUUUAUGAAAUGUACGCACAGACCUCUAGAGAUGCCUGGGCACGACAUUCGGAAGGUGUCAAACGGCUCAUGCUCAGCCGUGGCGUCAAGGGAUCGGAAUCUGGAUUCGGACGUUCUUGUUAUUAUGCCUUCAGGGGAUUCCUGAUAGCCACGGCACUCUUCGAAGACAAACCAUGCUUCCUGGAUGAGGAAGAGUGGCAGGAAUUUGCUGCCAAAGUGCGCGCUGAAGAUUCACAAAAGCCUGGAGAAUGGUCUGCGUUCGUGGAUAUCUCAGAACCGAUCUUCAUGGAGCUCACCAAAUGCCCACGAUACCUCAGCGAAGCACGUACCUUGUCAACCUCGACAUCAUCUUCCCCAGAAGCUGCCAUCGCACUCGUAGAGCGUGUUACGGAAACUCGAAAUAAGCUUCUCGUCAGUGUGGAAGAACUGAGGACCUGCAUUGCAGCUCACAGUCAACGUGCCCAGGGGAUCAGCUAUCGACCAGGCAACUUCGUUGGGCCUGUUCCCGAGGUCUUUGCGGAUACGAGCCCAUCUCUUCUCCUUCGAGGAGCAACUAGCGCUGUUGCUGCUUUGGACCAGUUACUGGCUUCUAUCAGAAUUGAUAUUGCUACAGGAAGAAUGGCACCAUCUCAUCGGAUAUAUGACAUCACGUCUCCAGUUGCGUCGGAUGAGACUGGAUCCCAGACAUAUUCCCAGGCGUCGAGUCCUCAGAGCCCAUCGUCCGGAGAUGGAGCCCCGAGAGUGAUGACCUUACCCUUUCGCAUUGUCUCCGAGAUUAGCCGUGGUCCAUCUGGAACAUCAGACCAGUCAGAUCCCCGAGCAGUCAUCUGGUUGGAUCGCAUUGCCUCAUCUAUGGGGAUGUUAGGAAUCCAAAUCGUACAGGAGCCAGAAGAUGAUCCUUCUGAUAAGGGGAAGAAACCUGUGAGACCUAUUAUCGAAGAAAGCGAGAGUUGA